GCGAGCGGAUCCAUUCUGCCUCAUUAACAUUCUCCCCAGGGAGACAGGCUGCAACUCACUCACAAAAGGAAAUCUCUCCCAACUUUCUUCUCACCGCCUUUUCCACUCACUGCACUUGCUGUGGCUGAUUUCCCAUCCGUGCACCAGUCUCCUCAGUGCACCAGUCCCUGGAUACAGGAAUGGGCAUCCCUCCCUGAUACUUCUCCUUAGUACAUCUCUCCUCAGUGCAUCUCUCUGUACACAUCACACUACUGUAUUAGAGUCAUUAUCCUGUGCUGCUGAGACUAUGGGGAUCCACGGCUUGUAUCUCGGCUCGGUGACCCUCUGUUCCCUUCUUCUGGUCACCGACGGCCAGAACUUCAUGAUCAGAAACGUCCAGAUGGACAAGUGCCUUCACGUGGCAGAAGACACCGGCCGAGUCUCUCUGGCAAAGUGUAAAGUCCACUCUCAUCACCAGCACUGGACCUGGGACCCGAAGACCAGCUCCAUCGUCAAUGUGAACAGCAACAGGUGCCUGGCAGUGAUGAAAACGCUGCAUUUGCCCACGCUGAGGAUGGAACCAUGUGAGGGCAGAAGGAACCAGGCUUGGGUGUGCGACCAGGGUGGCCAUCUUACGCUGUAUGGCCAUGAGCUGCACCUGAACGCCAAACAAGGGACCAAGAAAGUGUUUGUGUCAAACGGCGUAGACAAGUUCAGUACAUGGAGAACACUGCUGGACUCGCCGGUCUGCGGGGAGACCUUCACCGACCCUACUCACGUCGAGCAAGACACAGACGGGUUCUAUGAUUCUAAAUUCAGAAGCACAACGGAGAACAUGAAACUUUCUCCCAAACUCCCGAUCGUCAGCGAGUGGACGAGCAGCACUCAGAUUCCUGGAGAGAACUACACAGCAGAAGCUGCUACGCAGCCAUCCGUCAGCUCCUGGGACCGGCUGAGUGAGAGGAUCUAUGUGUUUGAGGAAAACAACUGGGGCUGGAAGACAGCCAUGCUGAUCCUGAGCCCGCUCACCUUUAUCCUGGGGGCCAUCAUACUGAUGCUGAAUGUCCGCGUCAACAAAAAACGGAAGCUUUUAUCUGCGCUGCCAAGUGGGGCGAAAUCCCACCGUACGUUUGGUUCUUCAUAUGAGCAAUCACCUCUCACAGGCACAGUAGAUCCCAACGAGUACCCAGGACCGGAUCCCAAUUCCCCAACCCUGAGACAUGGAGAGAUCCUGAUCGAGUGGAAGGAUGGCACCAUCACUCCUCUGUAUGACCAUCAAUAGGACUGUGCUGCUACAUAUAGGAAAACCCGUAUGCAGACCUGUAUAUGUGCCAAGAUCAAACCCUUUCCAAACUACCCAUCGUGAAACUACACUGUCCAGGGAUGUUUGCCAACUACAAUCUGCCUCUUCCAGACUGACCUGUGGAUGUAUACCAACUACACUAUGUUCCUCCCAGGUGCUCCAACAGAUGGGACAACAAUAAACUCUGUCCUUUCCUGAAGCUCAAGUAUAUGGGGCAUUAACAAUCUCUGCUCCCCAGAGUCCACAGAUUAUGGAUGAACAUCACAGUGCCCCUUCCAAAUACUCCAGUAGAUGGUGUAGCAACAGUCUCUGUCCCCUUAUGACUUCCAAUGGAUGAAUGAUCACCACAUUCUAUUCUAGAUGCUCAAGUAGAUGGGAUAUCAAACCAAGUCUCCUAGAGUGGAUGUCUCCUCCCCCACAUUCUGUCCCUUCCAGAUUCUCCAGCAGAUGCAUGACCACCACAUUCUAUUCUAGAUGCUCUAGUAGAUGGGACAUCAAUCCAAGUCUCCUAGAGCAGAUGUCUCCUCCUCCACAUUCAGUUUCUUCCCGAUACUCCAGUAGAUGCAUGACCACCACAUUCUAUUCUAGAUGCUCUAGUAGAUGGGACAUCAAACCAAGAAUCCUAGAGCUGACGACUCCUCUACCAUAGUCUGUCCAUUCCAGAUUCUCCAGCAGAUGCAUGACCACCACAUUCUAUUCUAGAUGCUCUAGUAGAUGGGAUAUCAAACCAAGUCUCCUAGAGUGGAUGUCUCCUCCCCCACAUUCUGUCCCUUCCAGAUUCUCCAGCAGAUGCAUGACCACCACAUUCUAUUCUAGAUGCUCUAGUAGAUGGGACAUCAAUCCAAGUCUCCUAGAGCAGAUGUCUCCUCCCCCACAUUCAGUUUCUUCCCGAUACUCCAGUAGAUGCAUGACCACCACAUUCUAUUCUAGAUGCUCUAGUAGAUGGGACAUCAAACCAAGAAUCCUAGAGCUGACGACUCCUCUACCAUAGUCUGUCCAUUCCAGAUUCUCCAGCAGAUGCAUGACCACCACAUUCUAUUCUAGAUGCUCUCGUAGACGGGACACCAAACCGUGUCUCCAACAGCAGAUGCCUCCUCCACCACAUUCAGUUUCUUCCCGAUACUCCAGUAGAUCUAUGACCACUACAUUCUAUUCUAGAUGCUCUCGUAGACGGGACACCAAACCGUGUCUCCUACAGCAGAUACCUCCUCCACCACAUUCAGUUUCUUCCCGAUACUCCAGUAGAUGCAUGACCACCACAUUCCAUCUAUUACGUAUGAUCUUGUAGAUAAAACAACAACCCUACAGAUGCGCAAGCAAAUUAAACAACAAUAAGCUGUGCAUACCAUCGAGUGUAUAAAUCACUGCAUUCCAUAGAUGAGGCAUCUGCAAACCCUGUGACUUACACUUUUUUAGUGGAUGUAUGAUCACCACAAUCUGUCCGUUCCAGAUGCAGCAAUAGAUGAGACAAGGACAAACCCUCCCCAUCCUGAUUUUAUAGAUAUCAAAUUUACAAAUUGUGCCCACGCCUUGGGAUAAAAGGCCACCUGACCAUAUUCAGUCCAUUCCAAAUACUCCUAUAGAUAUGAUGACAGCAAACAAAGUCUCCUCCAGACUCUCGUUGGUGAGGCAAAAACAAGCCCUACCACUAGACAGUCAGAGGAUGUAUGACCAACUCAUUCUGUCCCUUCCACAUGCUCCAGUAGACUAGGCCUGGGCAAUCCCUGUCCGCAUCAAAUGUUAGACCAGCAGAUUGUAGAGUUGGCCAUCCCCAGCACAUUGACACUUCCAGACUCUUUGAUAGAUAUCUGACGACCAGCCCUCAUCCCUUCCGGACACUCCAGAGGACUAGAUCCUUCACAGAGGUUUCUUUUCAUAUUCCCAAAUCAAUUUCUUGACAAUCAAAAUUGUAAUCUUUUCUAGAAUUAACACAAGACACAAGGUAUCAUUGCUCUGGCCAACCAAGGUCAUUAGCCAUUCAACCUAUAGAGUCUAUGUUAUAGUGACCAUACAUGCUGCAACAUUUAUUCUUGUAUUGGGCAUUUGGCUAGAUAACGCAUGGCGUAUGGCCACAAAACAAGUACUGGUAACGGUAAUGAUUCUAUCCCAGCUGAUUAGUAAAUUUAGUAGGAAGAUACCUGAAGAUGGUCACUAUCAGCCGGCGUAUGCGGUCACCUUCCCAUCACACUAACAGGUCCCACUGAAGCCAGUCACCCGAACACAUAGAAGGUGUCAUAGGACCAAUUGACGUCUUGUGUGAGGCCAAACUAGGUGCUUAUUGGGUCACGUGAUGCUGAGCCAUAGUAUAUGGCCCAUAUGUCGGUGCCUGUAGAUUUGUACUUUUCUGCACGGCCUGUAUGGAAGAUACUAGCUCACGUAGGGCCUGAUUCAUAUUUGUAAGUAAAACAAAAAACGCAAAUAACUUUGUGUCUGGAACAAACCAUAGAAACAUAGAAUUUGACGGCAGAUAAGAACCACUUGGCCCAUCUAGUCUGCCCAUUUUUUUUAUCCUUUAGGUAAUCGCAACCCUCUUUGAACCUUAAUUCGUUGUAAGGAUAUUCACAUGCCUAUCCCAAGCAUGUUUAAACUGCUCCACAGUCUUAGCCUCUACCACCUCUGAUGGGAGGCUAUUCCACUUAUCCACUACCCUUUCUGUGAAAUAAUUUUUCCUUAAAUUUCCCCUCCAGUUUCAGUGUAUGUCCUCGAGUUCUAUUACUUCUCUUCCUUUGAAAAAUGUUUCCAUCCUGAACUUUGUUAAAACCUUUGGUAUAUUUGAAAGUUUCUAUCAUGUCCCCCCCUUCCCUUCUCUCCUCCAUACUAUACAUGUCAAGAUCUUUUAGCCUUUCCGGGUAAGUUUUGUGAUGUAGGCCAUGCACCAUUUUAGUUGCCCUUCUUUGUACACUCUCUAAUGUACUAAUAUCCUUCUGGAGAUAUGGCCUCCAGAACUGGACACAGUAUUCCAGAUAAGGUCGCACCAAUAACCUAUACAGUGGCAUUAUUACUUCUCUUUUCCUGCUACUGAUUCCUCUCCCUAUGCAACCAAGCAUCUGACUUGCCUUCCUCAUUGCUUUGUUGCAUUGCUUUCCUGCCUUUAAGUCACUUGAAAUAGUGACUCCUAAAUCCCUUUCCUCCUCAGUAGUUUCCAUUAUAGUACCCUUGAUACUAUAUUUAGCCUUUGGGUUUUUGAGACCCAAGUGCAUGAUUUUGCAUUUUUUAGCAUUAAACUGUAGUUGCCAUGUUCUUGACCAUUUUUCAAGCCUAGCUAGGUCAUCAAUCAUUUGUUUUACCCCUCCCGGUGUGUCUACCCUGUUGCAUAUCUUUGUAUCAUCUGCAAAAAGGCAUACUUUCCCUUCAAUACAAUUUGCAAUGUCACCAACAAAGAUAUUAAAGAGAACCAUGUUGCAGUGGGGUGUGGAUCAGUAGAUAGACAGUGUCUAGGUCGACCACUAUAGGUCGACAGUCACUAGGUCGACAGGGUCAGAAGGUCGACAUGUUCUAGGUCGACAGGUCAAAAGGUCGACAUGAGUUUUUAAUGUUUUUUUGUGUCGUUUUCUUCGUAGAGUGACCGGGAACCCCAAUUAGUGCACCGUGUCCGCUCGCCAUGCUUCGGGCAGAUUACCGUUCCAAUCGUAGUCCACGUGGAUCGUUAAGUAUGAAAAAGUAAAAAAAACAAAAACAAACAAAAAACCUCAUGUCGACCUUUUGACCUGUCGGCCUAGAACAUGUCGACCUUCUGACCCUGUCCACCUAGUGACUGUCGACCUAUAGUGGUCAACCUAAACAUUGUCGACCUAGACACUGUCAAUCUUCAGACCGGAUCCCGUUGCAGUGCAAGGGGAGACAAUACAUUUACAAUGUUUCUGUGCAGGGUAAAUACCGGCUGCUUUUGCAUGUAGCCCGGAAAGGUUAGACAGCUUUAUUUUUACACUGCAAUUUAGAUUUCAGUUUGAACACACCCCACCCAAAUCUAACGCUCUCUGCAUGUUAGGGGGCAUACACACGGGGCGAUUUUUGGCUAUUUUCUAAGUGACCUGUCUAGAUCGCUUAGAAAUGAAGCACGGACCACUUCGUGCGUACGCCCCAUAGCGAUGUGCGGACCCGCGCGUCGCCAUCGCCCGCUCAUAUCUUUAGCACAUGCAUGAUCUAGUUAGAUCGUCUAGCACAGAUUGCUCAGCACACAUCACUGUGUGUAUAGCGGUGUGUGCUGAGCAAUCUGUGCUACCCUAGAUCGCUCAACACACAGCACAAGUCGCCCCGUGUGUAUGCCCCCUUACAUCUGCCCCACCUGCAAUGCAGCAUGGUUUUGCCCAGUUGCUUGCUUUUAUGCUUUACUUACAAACAUAAAUCGGGCUAAUAGUACUUAUGAAAGCUAUGAUACAUUGGAUUCUAGUUAGGGUGACCGAUAUCCAUCGCUGCCGCCAUCUUCAUAAGUAACACAAGCCAGCCAUAGCCAGACUCUACAAUUGUGUUGUAGAAAUUCAUUCACUGUAGGUGCCAUCUGUGUAUAUGGUUGCGUAUAUUUCACUGGCCCUAAUCCGUGCCCCCUCCUUUCUACAUACUGUACUAUAGAGUAGACAAUCCCUCAGCUGCCGACUGUAGUCUGAGAGGAAAGCUGAAUAAACGGAACACGUCACAAUGUC